AUGCCACCCAGCACUGUCGCCUACAUUCUUGCCUCUUUGACCGCCGGUGGUGGCACAAUGGGCUACAUCAGGACUGGCUCUGUUCCCUCCAUCGCUGCUGGUGUCACUGUCGGCUCUCUCUACGCACUUGGUGGUUACAGAAUCUCCAACCGCCAGCCCUACGGUGUUGAGCUGGCUCUGCUGGCCAGUGUUGUUCUUGCCGGAAGUAGUAUUCCCAGAGCCAUCAAGUCUGGAAAGCCCCUUCCUAUUGGCCUGAGUCUUCUUGCUGCCUAUGGUCUCUACAGCUUCGGCUCUGCCUGGUCUUCUAGAAUCCGUUAA